UUUCUGUCAGUAUCUUGUAUUUUAAUUGGUCAACAAGUAUUUUUUUAUUGCCCAAUCACUGCGCACUUCAUUGGGUCAUAGUACGCACUUGUUUCCUCUCAGCGGGACCCUGAAGGAAGACCCGACGGGAACCAUGGGGGUUCUAUCCACACUCAUGAGGGGCCUGGUUCGAGGUGCGGACAGGAUGUCUGAAUUCACCAGUAAGCGCGGCCCCAGGUCCCUCAACAAAGGCCGCAGCUCCCGCCCCGCAGGGGUGAAGCUCCCCAGCAGGAAGUUUCUGUCGGUCCGGGCCAUGAUUCCCGAGUUCGUGGUUCCUCAUCUGGAGGGAUUCAAGCUAAAACCCUACGUCUCGUACCGGUCACCACUCGGUACGGAACCUCCGCUGACAGCACAGAGUUUAUUCGAUCAGGUCGUAGCCCCACAGAUCACCAGAGACUUUAGGAAUGGCACAUUCAACAAGGAUAACCUGGAGAAAUAUGGAUUUGAACCCACACAGGAAGGGAAGCUGUUUAAGCUGUAUCCUAAGAACUAUGUGCGUUAAUAAGUGGAUGGGAGACCAUCAGAGUCAUCAUCACAGAUGGGACUGCAAACUUGUCAUUAAGUGUUCAAUCUGGAAAUAAAAUCCGAGUUGCUCUACACAUGAUUUA